AUGUCGGCACCAAAGGCGAUUAUACAAAUGCUCAUGACAGGCACCCGCAUUGUUGGCCGGGCAUUCGGCGACGCAUACAAGCAGGCAGGAGCGAACUCAACGGCGGCGCGGGCGGCAGCUGGCAACAUGAAGGAGUCUGCGGACGGAGAUAGGAUGACACAGGCUUCUGGAAUCACAGUGGACGAGUCGACCAAGAUUUUGAACAUUCAGGAUCCGAACAACAAGGAGGAUAUGGUCAAAAAGUUCGAGCACCUAUUUGCCACCAACGAUCCGAAAAAAGGCGGCUCAUUCUACCUGCAAUCGAAGAUUAUUCGCGCUCGUGAACGGAUAGAGAUGCAUUGGGCCCAGGAAAAGCUCAAGGCACAGCAGGAAGCUGCUGGCGAGGCCCCGGCUGAGUCCACUGCACCCGACAGCACCAAGCCCGAUGGUCCUCCGUCGGACAGCAACAGCAAGCCCCAAUGA